UGCGACCUGCUUUCGGCGACAUUCCCUGCACAAGUUUCUGCUUCUCACGACAAGUCUUAUGCUGAUAGCCAGGCAGCCUACUGGACGGCUCAGCAAGCAGAAUUGACCCCAGAAUGCCGCUUCUAUCCUCGCAAUGCCAGAGAUAUUGCAGAAGCCCUCGCAGACAUCAUCAUCCCUCAGAAUGUCAGCAUAGCCGUGGCCUCAGGAGGACAUUCUUCCAACACUGGAGCUUCUAACAUCGACCACGGAAUCACUAUUGAUCUGGCACGGCUGAAUCAGGUCAGCCUUGCAGAUAAGAACAGCGCUGUCUAUCUUGGUCCUGGAGCCCGUUGGGAAGACGUCUAUGCUGUUCUCGAACCGCACAAUUUGACUGUCUCGGGCGGUCGGGUUGCUCAUGUCGGAGUUGGUGGUUACGUUCUUGGAGGCGGACUCUCCUGGUUCACUAACGAGCACGGCUGGACCUGUGAUAGCGUGCUUGAUCUUCAGGUGGUAACACCACGAGGACAAAUAUUGUGGGCCACGGAGCAUUAUAACGAUGACAUCUUCUAUGCUUUGAAGGGAUCUUUAGGCGCGUUUGGAAUUGUUACUCAGAUCAAGAUGCCAACGAUCUCGAACUCAGCUGUGUACGCCGGUGAAGUAGCGUACAGCCCUGGCAGCGACGAAACCGCCAAACUAUUCGAUGCACUAGACGACCUCGGAAACCGCGCCAAGACUGAACCAGAGCAGUCCGGCUAUCUCUCCUUCGCCUGGUCCGAGGCACGAAAGCAAUUUGAGUACACAGCUUACCUAUUGAACACCGAAGGCGACUCCGAUCUCAUACAACCCUUCACAGCAAUCCCGCACAAAGCAAGCAGCUUGCGAAGGACAACCAUCGGAUCCAGCGCAAAAGAAAUCAGCAAAACCAAUCCUCCGGGCCAACGGCGAACCAAGUUCACGUUGACCUCAAAAUCCUCCACCAAAGCCAUGUCCGCCAUCCACGACACCAUCACCUCCUUCACCUCCACCCUCAAAUUCGACCAAUCCGGCACCCUCACCGUAACCUUCCAACCAUUAACACUCCCCCACCUCCCAUCCCAACCCAACAUCUUCAACCUCAACCCUCAUCAUGGCCCACUCCUCCUCCUCCUCAUUCUCGAAAUCUCUUGGACCAAUUCAAGUCAAGACUCCUAUUUCGAAACCUCAUCCAAAAACCUCCGCAUCGCGUUAGAAAAAAAUCUAAGAGAUCUUUCCGCCUUACACCCAUUCAUAUACCCAAAUUUCGCCGCAAGAGAUCAAAAUCCAUUCGCAAACCUCACCCCUUCGCAAAGAGGAAUGUUAAAAGCUAUUCAAAAGAAAUAUGAUCCGGGAGAUGUUUGGAGGAGGUUGGUGCCGGGA